UUCGUGGUUCUCUUCCUCUGUUCUUGUUUUCCGGCAAAGCCACGUUCAUUCUUCAGUUCAUUUCUUCCUUUCUCUUUUUCUCUUCUGCGUCAUUCUCUUCCAGCACCUUUUCCGGCGAAUUCGGUGCCCAGUCACCGUCAUUUCUGCUGAGCAAUCUCUCCUAACGGUGUCGUUCUGUCCUCCCUCAGUUUGGGUGGCUGAACCUAUCGAUGUCACUACUGCCAAUGUUGCUGUUAAGUGAAGUGCAUUCAUGGCAGCUCAACUGGCACGGACCCCAGAUGAUGUUGUGAGUCAGAGCUUGAUGGUUUAAAGUGCAUUCAUCACCUCCAAAUGUCUGGGAUUGAUGCCGCCCACCAAAUGAUCAAGUAUUAUGAGGCAUAUCCUGCAACACACCCUUCAUCAUGCAAAGAAGUAAGGUUUUGAAGCAAAUACUGAAGGUGUUUUGAGAGGAAUCAUAAUAGGGAAAUGGCAUGAAUUCCUAUUCAAGGACAGCAAAUUGGUGAAAGCUCUCUUACGUUAAAUCACAGGGCGUGAUAGACUGGCUUUCCAAAGAAACUUCAUUCUACCAGACUGAAUUCUAUUAUGAAGCUGGAAUAAGGGUUAGAGGUGAAAAUUUCGGUCUUUGAUCAGAACUAGGAAUUGGCUCUUGGUUCUACAAGAGUUACAAGAAUGGCAUUGGCAUCUGUUCCAAAACUAGUGCUUGGAUCCAUUGCCUUUGCAAUCUUUUGGAUGCUAGCAGUUUUUCCUGCUGUGCCAUUCCUUCCCAUUGGGAGAACUGCAGGGUCCUUGUUAGGUGCAAUGCUCAUGGUCAUAUUCCAAGUUCUCAGUCCAGAUCAAGCAUACGAAGCAAUCGAUCUUCCAAUUCUCGGUCUUCUUUUCGGCACAAUGGUAGUCAGUGUUUACCUAGAAAGAGCUGACAUGUUUAAAUACAUAGGAAAAUUGCUUUCAUGGAAAAGUAAAGGAGCAAAGGACUUACUUUUUAGAAUCUGUGUGAUUUCUGCUGUCUCAAGUGCUCUUUUCACCAAUGACACUGCCUGUGUUGUUCUGACUGAAUUCAUAUUGAAAAUUGCAAAGCAACACAACCUCCCACCACACCCUUUACUGCUUGCACUUGCUACAAGUGCUAAUAUUGGCUCUGCAGCAACUCCGAUCGGCAACCCUCAAAAUCUUGUCAUAGCUGUUCAAGGUAAAAUAUCAUUCGGACAGUUUCUGAUUGGUGUUCUUCCAGCUAUGCUUGUAGGGGUUGUAGUGAAUGCUGUGAUUCUUAUGGUGAUGUAUUGGAGGGUGUUGUCUAUUCAAAAGGAUGAAGAAAAUCCAAUAGCAAAUCAUGCAGCAGAGGAAGAGGUUAAUUCUCAUCAGUUUUCUCCAGCCACAAUGUCUCAUUAUAACUCACUCAACUCUGAACAAUGGAAUGCACACAUGGAAAAUAUCAAUCUUCCAAGUUCCCCUCAUGGUCAGAAUCUGAGAAUUCGAUCGGUAGUGGGUGAUGGUGAAAUCGACAGGGUUCUCAGUAACACGUUAGAUUCCACAAGAAACUCGAAUGCAUCAAAGGAGGAGACAAAUGGUAUGACUUAUGAGACACACGAGGAAACCAGUCCUUCAAAAACUGAUGCCAAAAUGGUUAAACCAGUUGUGGAAACUGUCUUGAACAGUUUAGAAGUAAAGGAGCGUUUGGGUGUAAGAUGGAAAUAUAUACUGUGGAAGUCUUGUGUUUACAUGAUCACAUUGGGAAUGUUGGUUGCCAUGCUUUUUGGUUUGAAUAUGUCAUGGACUGCUAUUUCAGCUGCUCUAGCUUUGGUUGUUCUUGAUUUCCAAGAUGCUAGACCAUCCUUAGAAAAGGUUUCUUAUUCGUUGUUGAUAUUCUUUUGUGGAAUGUUCAUAACAGUAGAUGGUUUCAAUAAAACUGGAAUUCCACGUGCUCUCUGGGAGGUCAUGGAACCGUAUUCUCGAGUAGAUCGUGCCAGUGGAGUAGCAAUGCUUGCUUUGGUUAUACUCAUCUUAUCAAAUGUGGCUUCAAAUGUACCAACUGUUCUAUUGCUUGGAGGACCAGUUGCAGCCUCAGCUGCUGCAAUUUCCGAAGAAAGUGAGAAGAAAGCAUGGCUGAUAUUGGCUUGGGCGAGCACAGUUGCAGGAAACUUAUCACUUCUGGGAUCAGCUGCAAACUUGAUAGUCUGUGAACAAGCUCGUCGUGCUCCUAACAUUGCUUACACUUUAACUUUCUGGAACCAUCUCAAAUUCGGUCUUCCUUCAACCCUUAUAAUCACUGCCAUUGGUUUGACACUCAUAAGAUGAUUAUAAUAUUAAUUUCAUCCAAAACAAAUAACUCCAUAUAUAAUAAGCUUAUUGCACUCUGCUUUAGGCUAUUUCCAAAAAUAUUUGUAACAAUAAUCAAUUUUCUAAUCUUCUCAUCAUUUAUGUUACCUACAAAUACAAUCACUGAUUCUUCUUUAUGUUUCAACUUUGAAACAAAGAGACUAAUCUAAGACAUGUUUCUUCA